GGUUACCACCUUACAUGUCAUAAUUUUGGUAUAACCAUCUUAUCUCGUCCCCUAUCUCGCUUCCUUUAUAACAGGUCACCGAAUAUGUAUUUUUCAUCCACGGUCAACCACCCCUCCGUUCACCAUGGCCUCUGCUCCAGGGGACCUCGUCGAGAAGCAAAGCUCUACACCCAGCGAAAAAGCUCUUAGCACCAGCGACGAGAAGUCCUUCUAUGCCAAGGGCGACGUCGAGUCGGCCACUCAAGAGGUCGACUCGGUCGAUGUUGUCCUCCAAGAUGAGCGUGAUAUCGCAACCAAUGUCAUCUCUGUCGAGGACGACCCUUCGCUCAACCCCUGGACAUUCCGCUCAUUCUUCAUCGGUAUUGGCUUGUCUGCUUUCGGUGGUGUCUUAGCCGAAAUCUACUACUUCAAGCCUCAAACCGUUCUGGUCUCUCUGAUGUUCAUUGCCAUCAUCGCAUAUGUCAUCGGUAUCUUCAUGGAAACCUUUAUUCCUCGUCGCGGGUGGUUCCGGUACUUGAAUCCCGGUCCAUUCAACAAGAAGGAGAAUGCAUUCAUCGUCAUCAUGGCUAGCGCCGCUGCCAACUCCGCUCUCGGAACAGAAGUUCUCGCCGUCCAGCGCCUCUACUACAACAUCACUCCUAAUGCUGGGGCCUCCAUUUUCCUUCUUUUCUCGAGUCAGUUGCUUGGCUACGGUAUUGGAGGAUUGAUGAGACCCGUCCUGUUGUAUCCUUCGAAGAUGCUAUACCCCAUCGUGCUGCCUCUUUUGUCCAUGUUCGAUGCUCUCUUCAAGGGAGGCUCUUCAGCGCAGAGGAAGCUGAAAAUUUUCUAUAUCGUGUUCGGAGUCAUCUUCAUCUGGGAGAUGUUCCCCGAAUGGAUUUUCCCUCUCCUCACAGGUUUCUCCAUCUUCUGCUUGGCUGCUCCCAACAACCCGGCGUUUUCUCGCUUGUUCGGAGGGACCAACGGAAAUGAGGGGCUUGGCCUCUUAUCUAUCUGUUUCGAUUGGCAGUACAUAUCUGGUGGCGUUAAUCCCAUGACUAUUCCCCUGAAAGCUCAGGUGUCCAAUUUCAUUGGGUACAUUCUCUGCAUGGUCGUAUUUAUGGCUGUAUACUACAAGAAUAUCUGGAAAGCGCAAGACUUCCCUUUCUUGUCACAAUUGCUUUUUAAUGAAGACGGAUCGCAGUACAACCAAUCUCUCAUUCUUAACUCUAAUUACGAAGUCGACCCUGCUCUCCUUGCCCAGCAAGGCUUACCCUACUAUUCCUCGACAUGGGUUAUCAGCUUGCUCACCACGAAUCUGGGCAUGGCCGCUACUUUCACUCAUCUUCUUUUAUGGAACAGCGCUGACAUGAAAGCCUCUUGGUCCUGGUGUACUAAGGACAACAUUAAGGCUUGGUGGUCGACUUUCAGCUGGAAAUUCUGGCAGAACGAUGGCAUGCGAAACCAGGAAGAUAUCAAUAACCAGGAUCUCGACCCUCAUUACGUCGAGAUGUUGAAGUAUCCCGAUGCUCCGAACAGCUGGUACUUCGUGACCUUUAUUAUAUCCGUCAUCAUUGCGUUGGUCGUUAUCUACAAGACCAACUCUACGCUACCUUGGUGGGGAUUCGUCGUCGCAGUUAUAUUGUCCGUUAUAUCCAUCCUGUUCUUUGGAGCGCUGUAUGCUAUUACUGGUUUGGCGUUCAUCAUUCAACCAUUCGUACAAAUGAUUGGAGGAUUUUUGCACCCCGGAAAGCCCAUGGCAAACAUGUACUUUGUGCUCUACAGUUACAACACUGUUUCUCAGGCACAGCUCUUGCUCCGUGAUCUCAAAAUCGCACAAUAUGCCAAACUUCCCCCACGUGCCGCCUUCACCGCACAAAUUAUUGGGACUUUGUUUGGUGCAGUGUUGAACUUUGUCUUGAUGAACUCCAUUAUCGAUAAUCAGCGUGAAAUCUUGCUAUCUGUACAAGGAACCAACAUCUGGUCUGGUCAACAGCCACAACAGUACAACUCCCAGGCUGUUGCAUGGGGAGGUCUCAGCCACCAGCUCUUUGCCACGGGUGGAAGGUACGAGUGGGUGCCAUAUGCCUAUGUCAUUGGGCUGUUUGUUCCCAUUCCCUUCUGGGUUGUCCAUCGGUACUUCCCCAAGCUUCGAAUGGACUAUCUAUACACGCCUGUUAUUUGCUACUAUAUUGGAUGGCUCUGUGUUGGCAUCAACUCCUCAAUCCUAUCGUACUUCGCUAUAGCCUUUGUGUCUCAGUGGUGGUUGCGAACGCGGUACCCCCGGUGGUUCGCGAAGUACAACUACAUCGUUGGUGCUGCGCUUGAUGGAGGUACUCAAGUGAUGGUGUUCAUUCUUUCGUUCGCUGUACAGGGAGCGGCAGGGUCCUCGCACUUGUUCCCUCAGUGGUGGGGAGCUAACCAGGCCGGAAACUAUGACCACUGUGCAUACCUCAACUGAUGUGGAACGCUCUAAUAUUAAGCGUACUACGUCGUAUAUAAUUAUGUUGUAUCAUUAGACGAUAUUCACGGCAAUUUAACGGGGCAUACAUAAUAUUCUUCA